AUGACGAGUGAGAUGGUCGGGUACGAAUGUCAGGGCAGGUCGCACAAUCUGACACGGUGUAACACCGCAAACAGCAGCAGCUCUGAUAACAUCCCAGCAGGUCAAAGGUCACCAUCAUCUGAUCUGCACAACACGACGCAACUGGAAGAUGGAGGAGUGACGGGCAGGUGCGCCAGUCUAUAUAAGUACCAGUACAAAACCAGCCUAUACAAAUACCAGUACAAAACCAGUCUAUAUAACUACCAGUACAAAACCAGUCUAUACAACUACCAGUACAAAACCAGUCUAUACAACCACCAGUCCAAAACCAGUCUAUACAACUACCAGUCCAAAACCAGUCUAUAUAACUACCAGUCCAAAACCAGUCUAUAUAACUACCACUACAAAACCAGCCUAUAUAACUACCAGUACAAAACCAGUCUAUACAACUACCAGUCCAAAACCAGUCUAUAUAACUACCAGUACAAAACCAGUCUAUAUAACUACCAGUACAAAACCAGUCUAUACAACCACCAGUCCAAAACCAGUCUAUACAACUACCAGUCCAAAACCAGUCUAUAUAACUACCAGUCCAAAACCAGUCUAUAUAACUACCACUACAAAACCAGCCUAUAUAACUACCAGUACAAAACCAGUCUAUACAACUACCAGUCCAAAACCAGUCUAUAUAACUACCAGUCCAAAACCAGUCUAUAUAACUACCAGUACAAAACCAGCCUAUAUAACUACCAGUACAAAACCAGUCUAUACAACUACCAGUCCAAAACCAGUCUAUAUAACUACCAGUCCAAAACCAGUCUAUAUAACUACCAGUACAAAACCAGCCUAUACAACUACCAGUACAAAACCAGCCUAUAUAACUACCACUACAAAACCAGUCUAUAUAACUACCAGUCCAAAACCAGUCUAUAUAACUACCAGUCCAAAACCAGCCUAUAUAACUACCAGUACAAAACCAGUCUAUAUAACUACCAGUACAAAACCAGCCUAUAUAACUACCAGUACAAAACCAGUCUAUACAACUACCAGUCCAAAACCAGUCUAUAUAACUACCAGUCCAAAACCAGUCUAUAUAACUACCAGUACAAAACCAGUCUAUACAACUACCAGUCCAAAACCAGUCUAUAUAACUACCAGUCCAAAACCAGUUUAUACAACUACCAGUCCAAAACCAGUCUAUAUAACUACCAGUCCAAAACCAGUCUAUAUAACUACCAGUCCAAAACCAUUCUAUAUAACUACCACUACAAAACCAGUCUAUACAACUACCACUACAAAACCAGUCUAUAUAACUACCAGUACAAAACCAGUCUAUACAACUACCAGUACAAAACCAGUCUAUAUAACUACCAGUACAAAACCAGCCUAUACAACUACCAGUCCAAAACCAGUCUAUAUAACUACCAGUCCAAAACCAGUCUAUAUAACUACCAGUCCAAAACCAUUCUAUAUAACUACCACUACAAAACCAGUCUAUACAACUACCACUACAAAACCAGUCUAUAUAACUACCAGUACAAAACCAGUCUAUACAACUACCAGUACAAAACCAGUCUAUAUAACUACCAGUACAAAACCAGCCUAUACAACUACCAGUACAAAACCAGUCUAUACAACUACCAGUACAAAACCAGCCUAUACAACUACCAGUCCAAAACCAGUCUAUAUAACUACCAGUACAAAACCAGCCUAUACAACUACCAGUCCAAAACCAGUCUAUAUAACUACCAGUACCAAACCAGUCUAUACAACUACCAGUCCAAAACCAGUCUAUAUAACUACCAGUACAAAACCAGCCUAUACAACUACCAGUACAAAACCAGUCUAUACAACUACCAGUACAAAACCAGCCUAUACAACUACCAGUACAAAACCAGUCUAUACAUCUACCAGUACAAAACCAGCCUAUACAACUACCAGUCCAAAACCAGUCUAUAUAACUACCAGUACAAAACCAGCCUAUACAACUACCAGUCCAAAACCAGUCUAUAUAACUACCAGUACAAAACCAGUCUAUACAACUACCAGUCCAAAACCAGUCUAUAUAACUACCAGUACAAAACCAGCCUAUACAACUACCAGUACAAAACCAGUCUAUACAACUACCAGUACAAAACGAGCCUAUACAACUACCAGUCCAAAACCAGUCUAUAUAACUACCAGUACAAAACCAGUCUAUAUAACUACCACUACAAAACCAGUCUAUACAACUACCAGUCCAAAACCAGUCUAUAUAACUACCAGUACAAAACUAGCCUAUACAACUACCAGUCCAAAACCAGUCUAUAUAACUACCAGUACAAAACCAGUCUAUACAACUACCAGUCCAAAACCAGUCUAUAUAACUACCAGUACAAAACCAGCCUAUACAACUACCAGUACAAAACCAGUCUAUACAACUACCAGUACAAAACCAGCCUAUACAACUACCAGUCCAAAACCAGUCUAUACAACUACCAGUCCAAAACCAGUCUAUAUAACUACCAUUACCAGCCAGAGCCUCAUCACUGGUUCCCAGUUACCAGCCAGAGCCUUAUCACUGGUUCCCAGUAA